AUGACCUCAUACAACUCCCAACACGGUAACGAUGAUCCUCACAUUAGCAAGGGAGCACGCCGAAAGAUUCAACAGGAAAUCCGGAAAAAUCCAACAUGGGCUGAGAGAGAGAUUCCUCAGCAUGUCGUUCAUAUAAUCAUCGGGGGGACGGACAUUCCCCAACGACUCGUGAUCAAACGGAUAAAAAUAUCCGCUGUAAUAGAAGGGCCGAUCCGAGACCGCGUGACCGAAGACACCCUUGCAUUCAGCGAGGAAGAUUUCGGGACCUUAACACAGCCACACAAUGACGCCCUGGUAAUUUCAUUUCUUUUAAAUAACAUUCGAAUUAAACGUGUGCUCGUGGACCCAGGCAGCUCAGCCAACGUAAUCAGGUCAAAGGUAGUAGAACAGCUCGGGCUGCUUGGUGAGAUCGUACCCGCCUCCCGGGUCCUCCACGACUUCAACAUGGCCGGUGAAAUAAUGAAAGAGGAGAUCACCCUCUCGGUUGACAUAUCCGGUACAGUUUAG